AUGGCCCAGCCGCCACCAGCUUAUGAAGAGCAUGAUAAGUAUCCAGCAACAGCCCCGCCACAACCAUUGUCUCCCACCAGCCCUCCAUAUCCGGAAUAUCCCGGCCCAAACCUUGGGUCCCCGGUUGCGACGAUACAAAUUCCCGGCCAAGUCAUUUAUGGGCCACAAGGAUAUGGAUGCACUACAGAUCAAUAUAAUCAAAUGCCUGUGUAUCAUCAUCGACGAGCCAUUCUCGUUGAAAGACGUGUCGUCGCACCUACUCCAGAAUUGAUUCGUCGGCGACGUAUUAUAGGAAUCAUGGCCUUUGUCCUCAUCUUUAUGCCCAUUGCCAUUUUCAUCAUCAUCAUGUCGACUAUCAAGAAA